CUCCGCUCCGGCUUAUGAGGCUCCUAAGAGCAGCGAGGCUGCGGGUACUGCACCUUCUGCUCCAGCAUACAAUGCUCCCAGCUCGAGUGAGGCUUCUGGCAAUGCACCUUCUGCACCGGCGUACAAUGCUCCCAGCUCGAGUGUGGCGGCUGCCACCGCACCUUCUUCACCAGCAUACAAUGCUCCAAGCUCGAGCGAGGCUGUUGGUACUGCGCCUUCUGCUCCAGCAUACAAUGCUCCAAGCUCGAGCGAGGCGUCUGGCAAUGCACCUUCUGCCCCGGCAUACAACGUUCCAAGCUCGAGUGAGGCUUCUGGUAACGCACCUUCUGCGCCCGCAUACAACGCUCCCGUCUCCAGCGAGGCUGCCUCUGCAUCCGCACCUGCGUCCAGCGCACCAGCCUCUUCCUCCGAAGCUUCCGGCGCCUCUCCAUCCGGCCACGUCCCCAUGGACAAGGGCUCCAACAACAACAACACACCCUCCUCCUCCUCCUCCAUCUCCUCCUCGCUCGCAUCCGCCACCGCCUCCGCUCCAGCCAGCUACCCAACCAGCAACUCCUCCACCUCCGGAGGCAAGCGCGGUCUCGCCUACAACGACGCCAGCCUAACAACCUGCUUCGCCGACUCCUCCGAAAUCACCUGGGCCUACAACUGGGGUUCCUCCCGCGACGGCCUGUCCUCCAACCUCAAAUUCAUCCCCACCCUCUGGGGCGACCGUCAAGACUUCACCUCCGUCUGGGACGCCAACGUCCAGACCGCCAUCGCCGACGGCGCCGAAUACGUCUUCUCCUUCAACGAGCCCGACCACGACGGUCAAGCUUGUAUGGCUCCCAGUGACGCCGCGGCCGCGUAUAAGAAGUACAUGAACCCGCUCAAGGGACAGGCGAAACUUUGCGCGCCGUCGGUCACGAAUGGAGGGGGCAGUAUGGGACUCGGGUGGUUGCAGUCUUUCCUCGACUCUUGCGGUGGGGAGUGUGCGGUUGACUGUUUGAAUGUGCACUGGUAUGACGCCGCGAGCAACAGCGCGUACUUCAAGCAGCAUGUUCAACAGGCGAUUGACAUGGCUGGUGGGAAACCGGUUUUCGUGUCGGAGUUUGGUGCGACGGGAAGUGAUGAGGAGAUCUCGGCGUUCUUGGAGGAGGUCAUGGCUUGGAUGGAUGGCAAUAAGGAUGUCGCGGGGUAUGCGUACUUUAUGGUCAAGGAUGGGGAUCUGGUUACGGGGACGGAGCCGUCGGCGUAUGGGAAUACGUAUAAGACGUAUACUUCGUGA